UUGAAGAGCAGUUGGGAGAAAAGGGCUGGGAGGAAAGACUAGCUGUCAUUGCCUGUGUGCUGCAGACAUCUGUGGGCAUGGCCGAUUGCAGCCAGGCUCCGGUAGCUCGGGCGCUCUUGCAGCAGUGCUUGUAUGCUAGGUUACAGGUGAAGCCUCCUGAGUCAGGUUCCGAAGCCGAAUGCGUAGAGAUCCAGAGAGGACUUAUAAUCUAUGUAUGUUUCUUCAAAGGGGCCAAUGAAGAAAUCAUUCCCAAAAUGGUUAAUACACUCCUGAAUGUGAAACUGAGUGAAACUGAAGAUGGCAAAUAUGUUUCUAUUGUGGAUUUGCCAGGCAGCAUUUUAAUAAUACCUCAAGCCACACUAGGUGGUAAACUGAAAGGAAGAAAAAUGCAAUACCAUUCCAACAUUGAAAAGGAAAUUGGGAUGGAGCUUUAUUCUCAGUUUGUAACUCUGUGUGAAAAAGAACUGGCUACUAAUGCCAGAUGUGCCGAGGCUGGUGUUGUUCUCAGGCAUGGGACAUAUGGAAACCGACAAGUUUUGAAAGCCGACACAAAUGGACCAUUCACUCAUAUGAUUGAGUUUUGAAAAGUCUGAUCUUUUGAAUGACCAAUAAA